AUGGCCUCCCAGCAGUAUUAUUAUCCACAGUCGCUGAACUACAAUCCUGGCUACUUCGAGCCUAAUAACGUGCAUUUCUCGCAAUUCAAUUACAAUGAUGCAUCGCAGGAAAAAGCACAGAACCCUUACUUCACCCCGGCUCCCGUCGAUGGCAACAUUAGCGGACAAUUUGGAUUUGAAGAUGAACCUCCUCUUCUGGAAGAACUCGGUGUGAAUUUUGGACACAUCCUCCAAAAGGACAUAUUUUAUGAAAUUGAACUCUGGAAGGUUAUCGCAAAUCGUGUCUGUUGUUCUGAUUGGAUGGUCGCCAGCUUGGCUACGAGUGGCUGUGUGGCACUUGAUCGUCCAAUAGGCAUCAGAAAAGUUGGCAGCUCUUAUUUAAUGCUCUUUGUUUCCUUUCAGACACUAAACGUGCUGAAUCCUAUGCGCGAAAGUCCCCAGGAGGUACUUGAAGACACUGAUCUUGCUGGACCUCUAGUUUUUUGCCUUAUCUUUGGCGGGACUUUACUACUGGCGGGCAAGGUGCACUUCAACUAUAUUUACGGUAUCGGACUCUUGGGCUGCCUUGGCAUGCAUACUCUCCUCUCCCUUAUGGCGCCCCAUGGUGUAGCGCCUACAUGUGUAGUCUCCGUCCUAGGGUACUGUAUGCUCCCCAUGUGCGUUCUCUCCACCGUGAGCAUAGUUUUUUCUCUCAAGUCUACAGUGGGAGUGGUUCUCACGGCCUUCAUCGUGUUUUGGAGUGCUCUAUCCUCCAGCAAGCUGUUUGUGCGCGCCCUGAACCUUGAGAAGCAGCGCUUCCUCGUCGGUUACCCGUGUGCUUUAGUGUAUGCAAUCUUCGCUCUUUUGGCUGUCUUCUAA